UCUUCAUCAGAAUGUACCGCGUUUGCCGCGCGGACAUAGCGUGCGUUUCUCAAGUGAUGAGCUGCCAAGAUACAAAUCUCUAGAUUCCACAGAUUCGAGUAGUCCAUACAGCGGUGGGUUUCCAGGCCCCGAUUCAGGUGCCCCCAGUCCUGAUGCCUGUCACUACCAACCUGCCGCACAACGGUUCCGGUUUAACGAACAGAGAAUCAAACUUUUAACGUCAAUAAAUCAAAUAUUGCAACAACGAGCUGACCUUGAGAAUAACCGCGCGACACUCUCCGGCCUUCUAGAAGAAUUGAAAAGAAAGCUCAAGAGAAGAGUAGAAGAAUGUCAUCUAGAAAAGAAGGAGAAAAUGAAGGCUUUGAAAAACGCAAACCAAAGAUUGGAAAAGGAGAAAUUCAGUAUAAUAUCUGAGAUGGAACAUCUGAAGCGACAUCUGGAGAGAGAAGAGGCACACCACGUACAACAUGCCAGGAACGCUGUCGCACAGGCUAUACAAGGCGUAACUAAAAUGCCUACAGAACAGCUGUUCACGCCAUGCUCUGUCACAGAAUUGCCUAACAUUGUCAGCCGGAAUGUAGCAAAGAAUGCACCUUCUAAAAUCGCAGAUAAUAAAUUAGCGGCCGCAAGAUUGAUGCGUGAUAUCGCAGAUUUGAGACAACGAGUAGCUCAAGUUGAAGCAAGACUUGCCAACGAACUAAAGCGUAAACGGCAGGCUGAGAACGACAUUAUACGAUUGAGGAAAGAACUUUCGUCUACUAAAAGUUCUGUAGCAGCACUUCGCAUCGCGCCCCAACCAGCGAGAAAGACAUGCUCCAAAUUCGCCUAAACUGGUAGUUAUUAAAAAUACAGUAUAAUCUCACUAAUCCGGCACUAUUAUAAACUGGCGGGUGCCGGAUUAUUGAAAUGUUCGGAUUACUGGAUCGUAGUAAGUCAUAAGUAAUGUAAAUUUUAUUCUUUAAAUCUUUAUAAAGUGUUUUGUGUUUUAGUUUAUUCUCACUUGAAAAAAGUAAUUUUUUGAGGUUAGAUUGGUAGUCGAGGAUGCAUUGACAGAAGCGCAGAGGUAUAGAGGGACAAGGGAGGGUGCCGGAUUAUUGGACGCGCCUUUCUAUCGAAGUGAGAUUAUACUGUAUGUUUGUCUGAGUUUUUUUUUAUGGUGAAACUACAAAUAAAACUCUUUUUAUCUCACAAAUAUAAUUUAUUCAACCAAAAAUGGACAAACAAUUUAAUUCUAAAUGAGAAUAUUAAAUGACACUUCGCUUCGUUCGUUAAAUUAAAAAUACGCCACGCUAUUUUAAAUUUGUGAUCUUCUUUAAAAU